AUGACACAGGUUAAGACGGAAAUUCUAGACAACGAAAUGAAUGUAGAUUCAGAUUCGGAUAGUUCAGUAUAUGAACCUCUUGUAUACUGUUCUUGUUGUAAUCAACGGACUGAUGGAGAAUUAAUAAAUUGCUCUAGUUGUACGAGGUUUUAUCAUUAUGAUUGCCAUAUUCCUUCAAUGAAUCGAGAGCUUACACCUAACAGUCCACUAAUAAAAAAAUGGAAGUGUACAAUUUGUCAAGACAUUUCAGACAUUAGAUUACAUUACAAUGUCUUACUGAAAAAAGAUAGUAAAGCUUAUAUUGUUAGUGGUCAUUCCGAACAAAAGAUCAUUCAAUAUAUAUUAAUGGUUUUAUAUUGUCAGAAUGGAGACAGUGAACACUAUCGUGAAUGUUUGGAUAGAGAAAUUUAUCCACGGUAUUAUGAAAUAGUAAGUGAUCCUAUAUCAUUAAAUGAUAUAAAACGGCGUUUCGAAUAUACUACUUCGUAUAUAUCAUUCAUCAAACUUCUUAAAGAUAUAAACAAAGUGUUUACAAAUGGAAUGUUUUAUUAUACUGAGGGUGAUCCAUACCAUGAAUCUGCAAAACAACUUCAGAAUACUUUCUUUCUAAUGUUAAGGAUAUGGUUACCGAAAAUUGACUUAACAAUUCUACAAAAUCCAUAA